AUGGUUUGCCGUGAGCAGAAAGGGACCGGACCUCCCUUUGCGCGCAACACGCGGCCAGGUGAUGCUGAUGCUGAUGCUGAUUCAGAUGCUGAUGCUCUAGCACGACCUCCCCACAAUACGCCAACUUGUGAAGCGUGGAAAACGUUCGACAUCAAGCAAAUCCGCCGUCGGCACCCCCGCCGGGAGGGAGUACGUCCGUCUCGCAAUGGCGCCUCGAGGGUUCGAGACGUUUCUGUCGUCGCUCAAAGGCCCACCACCAGCUACUUCAACACAGGCACCCUCUGCGACGUCACUAUCGUCUGCGACGGCCAGGAGUUCAAGGUCCAUGGAGUGAUAUUGUCAGCCCACUCUAGAUACUUUGCGGCGGAACUGACGGGAAAUUGGAGAGAAAGUUUCGAAAGGAAGAUCGAGAUUAAGGACUUCGACGCCACCGUCGUGGAAGCCAUGUUACGUUUCAUGUAUUUCUUCGACUACAGCAACAUCUACAGCACCUCCACUAUGAUCUAUUAUGUCCAGGUCUACCAGAUCGCUGACAAGUACGACAUUCCAGCGCUCAAGGCGCACGCCAAGGAGAAGUUUGGCGUCUCUAUCACGACUGGCUGGUCCCUGGACGACUAUCCGCUCGCCAUCGCCGUGGUGUACGAGUCCACUGCCCCGGACGAUAGAGAACUCCGCGACUUGGUCGUGGAGACGUCUCGUAAGAACAUUAAAAGGCUCCUCAUGCAUAAUGGAUUCAACGAAGUGCUAAGGAGAGUCAAGGGGCUUGGGGAAGCUGAAGCUGCUCCAGCUUUAUGA